UUAAGACCGCGAAGACGCGAAGUUUUACAUCACCGCAAAGAACCGGUGACGUUUUCGGUGGCGGCGUGUGACGCUGUGACUAACAGCCUGUAGAUCUCACUCGAUGACAAGUGAGCAUGUUGUUGGCAGUGCGAGCAUCUUGGGCAGAGCUCGCCUGAGUUAUAACAAGAAACGUGUGCAGACAUGAAACAUUUACAGCGCCACAAAAGGUCCAUUCACUGCUCACAAGCACUGCACAGUAGAGCUCGCAGCAGAGUCAGCAGUUUCAUUUCACUGUAAGAUCCCUGCUGAAAAAAACACAGAAAACCUGUUAAUGAUGGUCAAUGAUGGUCAAUGAUGGUAUUGUAGUGUGUUUUUCAGCAGGGCGUGUAGUGGAUGAGUGGGCUGUUCAGUUCUCUGUGCAGCUCCGCUUUAGGGUGUUAGUGCGUUUAUAACCGGAGUCGGAAUCGAAACCGAGCUCCGCACAGCGUGUCAGCUGACCUGCAGCUGAUCGGGAAACCGAAACAGAGAGCGGCUCCCGUCACUCAGACUCCUCAGAGAGCCGGGCAGGAGCUCAGCGCUGCUGUCCGCUGUGAGGGAUCAGGCAGAAUAUCAGCGAUCACCCCGACUAUUACAGUAAGCAGAAGACAAGCUCCCUGCAUGUGUGACAUACUUGGUGAAAUAGUCACUCUGAUUCUGAAGGUGAAAUAACACUCCCAGCUAUAUCAAGUCCAGGAGCUCAGGGAUGGAGCACACACUAAGUCCAGUAAGUCAUACUUACACCGGAGCUCCAGCAGGAGGCGACAGAGACAGCAGUAAAAGUUCUGAAGCCAGUAAAGGUCAUAAAAAAACAGGCAAGAAGAAAAAACAAGGAAAAAAGAAGCACAGUGCAAAAGGAAAGGAUCAGACACUGACAGAGGAGACGAGUGCUCAUCAGUGUGUGAACUCUGAGCACACACAGAGCCGGACCACCUGUGACCAGUCAACUCAGACAGAGACUGAGUCCACCCAGACACAGGCUACCCAAACCCCCCCACUCCAGUGCACUCACACUCAGUCUACUGAAUCCAGAUCAACCCAGACUUCAAUCUCCAAACUCACCUUGAAGCAGCUGUAUGAAGGCCAGGUGUCCAAAGGUCAAGACCAAGCCAGCUCUGCUGACCAGCUGACUGUGCUCACGUGGAACAUAGAUGGCCUAGAUGGUGAGGAUCUCAAGGAACGAAUCCCAAGCCUGCUGGAAUAUUUGGGAAAGUACCAUGUAGAUGUUGUGCUAUUGCAAGAGCUCAUUCCUCCUUACCUGAAGAUUUUACAGGACAUCAUGAAAGAUUAUGAGUUUCUGGAAGGCAGUGAUAAUGGCUAUUUUACAGCGAUACUGCUUAGACGGUCCAGAGUCGAACUUCUCGAGAGCAACAUUGUGAAAUAUCCCACUACAGAAAUGACAAGGAACCUGCUAAUGGCAACCGCAAAAUUCUCAGGUCAUCAGCUGUGUUUCAUGACCUCACACUUGGAGAGUUUAAAGAUCAGCUCACAGGAGCGCCUGAAUCAGCUGCGCAGGGUGUGGAAGCGCAUGAAGGAAGCAGCAGACAGCCAGACAGUCAUAUUCGGAGGAGACACCAACCUCAGAGACUGGGAGGUGAAGAAGUUAGGGGGUGUCCCGGACGGUAUUCUUGAUGUGUGGGAGAUGCUGGGAGAGCCUGAGGACUGCAGGUACACCUGGGACACUGUCAAUAACAACAACAAAGAGAUUCCCUUCCCUGCACGACUGCGCUUCGACCGUGUUUACCUCCGAACUGCAAGAGAGGGCCCUCAGCUCCGCCCAGACAGCAUGACACUGGUGGGGCUGGAGAAACUGAAGUGUGGGCGUUUUACCAGUGACCACUGGGGCAUUCUUUGUACUUUUUCUUUCCAGUCACAAAUUGAGCAGUGAUUAUGAACCUGGAUGGAUGGAUGGAUGGAUGGAUGGAUGGAUGGAUGGAUGGAUUCUUCUGAAAUAAAGGGUACUAAUUGAGAUUUUGUUCCCAUUUGCUGUGAUAACCAUCUCUACUCUACUGGGAAGACUUUACACUAGAUAUUGGAACAUUGCAGUGAGGAUUUAAUUGCAUUCAGAUGCAAGAGCAUUAGUGAGGUCAGGUACUGAUGUUGAAUGAUCAGUUCAUAAACUCCACUCCAGCUCAUCCCAAAGGUUGGUGCUUGGAUGGUGCUCCAUCACUCCAGAGAACAGUUCUCCUCCUCCACAGCCCAGUGCUGGGGGGCUUUACAUCCCUCAUGCGUAGCUGCUUCAGAGCAUCUCAUUUCAUUCGAUGCUUUUCAGUGUUAGAACAGCUGAUUUGUGUAAGGCACCAGACUCAAUGUUCUGUACCUUCCCAAACUAAGAGGUUUCUGGUCUCCAUAUUGAGGCUUGGAUUCAAAUGCCACUUCUGACAACUGUUUAACUGUUUAACUACAUUUUGUUCCUCUUUUCAAACUUUUUCAUUCCUCUCUCAACACAAGAAAUGACAGUAAAGAUGAUUUUGACUUUGA